CCGCGCGCGGUGGACACGUCCCUUUGUGCGUGCCUGGGGCUGUGCGCAACCUAGCGCGUAGCGUCCCAGCAGCAUGAGCGGCUUGGGCGCAGCCGGUGGGGCUGCCGGCCCUGCCCCGCCGGCACAGGAGGAGGGCAUGACAUGGUGGUACCGCUGGCUGUGCCGUCUGGCGGGCGUGCUGGGGGCCGUGUCCUGUGCCAUCUCUGGACUCUUCAACUGUGUCACCAUCCACCCUCUGAAUAUCGCAGCCGGUGUGUGGAUGAUCAUGAACGCCUUCAUCCUAUUGUUAUGCGAGGCGCCCUUCUGCUGCCAGUUCGUGGAGUUUGCAAAUACAGUAGCUGAGAAGGUGGACCGGCUACGCUCCUGGCAGAAAGCUGUUUUCUACUGCGGGAUGGCCAUUGUCCCCAUCGUCAUGAGCCUGACCCUGACCACGCUGCUGGGCAACGCCAUCGCCUUUGCCACUGGGGUGCUGUACGGACUGUCUGCCCUGGGCAAAAAGGGGGAUGCCAUUUCUUAUGCUCGAAUCCAGCAGCAGAGGCAACAGGCAGAUGAAGAGAAGCUGGCUGAUACUCUGGAGGGAGAGCUGUGAGGUGAGGCGGGGUGGCCUACCCUCAUUGAGUUCUACUGCCAUUUGGUUCUGUGUGAAGUCUGGAGAUGGCUGAGUGUCAACUCUGCUAAAUGGCCUGGAGAGGAGUCCCUGCAGGUUACCAUGCCUCAAGUCUUCCUGUGCCUAUCCUGAUCUCUGGACUACUGAGCCUGGAGAUCCUGCCCAACUGAUACCGAAGAUCUGGGCCAUAGGGAUGAACUUACUCCUGUCAGCCUAUGAUGCAGAUUCCUGUGCUAGUUAUCCAUCUCAGACCUAAGAGCAGCCACUCCUGAACACACUGGCCCUCAAUUGGUUAAGAGGCUGAUCACCCAGGCUCCAGCCACUUCAGGCUUCAUCCUUUUUAGGUUCAAGCUUGCUGGCAGGUGAGGCUUCAGUUCUGCCCCAUGCACCUGUCCUCAGAGCAGAGGACGAGUACAGCAGUGUCCUGAGACCAGCUACUGCUGCCAGGAGCAGGAGAGAUGGCUGGGCUUUGAGAAUCUACUGUACUCCAGGAUGCAGCUUCCUGGCCAGAAGAGCAGACUUGGACGAGCUAUUUCAGGACACCUUGCUGUUCCAUCUCCUAUGGGUUCUACCCCUCCUCCAGUUCAGGCUUCGGUGCUAGGAAGUGUGUGUUUGUGUGUAUGGUGUGUGUUGGGGGUGUGUGCUCCUGACAGCCUGCAGUGAGAACCUCUUUGUCAGUGAAGGCAGGCUCACUAUUAGUAGGGAUUGACCUCAGGUAUUCCUCCCAACCUGCCCCUGGCAUCCUGUAGCCUUUGAAAUGCUGGGCAGAGACUAGAGCCACCUCUCACACAGAGCUGGCCCUGUCUCAGGUACCAGACCACUGACAAGCUGCAUGGCUAGGGAAUGAAGAGCUACUACCUUGGAUCUGGCCCUCCUGGACAUACCCUGGGUAUCCACCAUCCUUCCUCUGUACUGCUGUUUUUUUCUACUGCCCUGACCCUAGUGUCAGCCACUACUGACACUAGUGGCUGAUUAGAUGGGACCUCAGCCAUUAGACACAUGUUUGGUGGCCUGGCUAAGGAUGAUGUGGAAAAUGCUAAGUCUUGCCUUCCUCCUGUGCAAGACCUUCAGCUGGGCCUGCUCCAUGGGACCCAGCCCCACAGUUGUUGACCUUCUAGGGGAUCGUUAGCUCACCAGUGUUUGGGGCCAGAGGUAGUGGGUGUUCUAUUGGGAUAGAGAUUCUUUGAUCUUUGGGCUCUGGGGAAAGCAGCAGUUUUCCAGAGAAAACAGAGAUGUCACAGUGUAUCUGGCUUGGUGGGACAUAUGUCUUCAGGGUUCAUCUGAGGCUGUUUUUCUUAAGCCAGGAAUGGGCUUCAAGGGCUCUGCAUAUGUAUGUAUGUUUGUGUAUACCAGGGCCUGUAUUCACAGUAAGACCUGUCUACCUUCCAGGAGGAGCCAAGGCCCUACCUGCCCCUCUGGUUACACAUAUAGACAUAAGAUUCAGGUCACUUCUGCCCCUAGCAGUGGAACUCACUGGCUACAUCUAUAGUAAAACUGUACCCCACUAGGGAAAUCCAUUUUGUAUUGCACAGACAUGGGAUGGGGUGUAAAGGUAGAGAGGCCGUCAGACAUGACCACAGUGGACAGUCACUUACAUCCUGAGGUUCUUGGAAGCACAUUGGGUCUGGAGCCCCUUGCCUUGCCUCUGAGCAUGGGCACAGUAUAGCCCACACUAGGCCCCAUUCUUGCCUGUGUCUGGUUGUUUUCUGUGGCUCCCUCUGCCACUCACCCCCUGGUUUGUUUGUUGCUUAGGUUACAUUUGGAGUAAAGCAAGGCUGUAGUUGGAAUGCA